GAGAGAGAGAGAGAGAGAGAGAGAGAGAGAGAGAGAGAGAAUCCAGAGAUAGUACUCAAGCUCAUGUGUGAGAGAGAGAGAGAGAGAGAGAGAGAGAGAGAGAGAGAGAGAGGAGUCAAAUUAAGGGAGCAUAUAAAGUAUAUGAUGAGUGAGUGUAUGGUGCCUAAUUGGAAAGAGAGGCACCAAAGACAAGAGCAAGUAGUAGUAGUAGUUGAAGGAGGAGGGGGGAACAGAUCCUCUCACGUGCAGUACUCCCAGUCCCAGAUUCAGCCACACCACUAUCAAAAUACUACUGUCCCCAUAAUGCCCAAUUACGAAGUUGCAGAGCUAACAUGGCAAAAUGGCCAACUAGCUAUGAAUGGGCUAAGUUCCAGUGGGCUCCUUCCCACCGGCCCAACAAAGCCCACAUGGAAUCGGGCCGGCGACACACUGGAGUCCGUUGUCCACCAAGCUACAUGGCCCAACCAAAACUUAUAUCCACCACUGCCCAAACAUGAUCAUAAUCCGGCGAACGUGAGCUCGGUCGUCGGAUCCACCAUCGUAAAACGGGCCGAAACAUUGGGCCGAAUGCACGUUGGCCCGAAACGGGUGCGGUCCGAAACCGAUCAAUGUGGUGGAAGUUUUGGCAGUAGUAUUCAAGAGGAGAGGAGCGCUUGUGCUGCUGCUAGUGCAACAUUUUGCAAAGAAAAUGAUGCAACCAUGGUGACAUGGGCCUCUUUCGAGUCCCCCCGGAACCUGAAGACCAAAACGACGGAUGAGGAUUCGGCUGGUGAUCUUGAUGGAUCGGAAAAUCUGGAGGAUCAAGAAAGGGAAACAACAAGAGGGGAAACAGGCAGGUCCCACUCCACACGGCGAAUCCGAGCUGCUGCUGUUCACAAUCAGUCAGAGAGGAGACGUAGAGACCGGAUCAAUCAGAAAAUGAGAGCUCUGCAGAAGCUGGUGCCAAAUGCAAGUAAGACUGAUAAAGCCUCAAUGCUAGAUGAGGUGAUAGAGUACUUAAAGCAACUCCAAGCACAAGUUCAUCUAAUGAGCAGUGCAACAAGAAACAACAUGCCCCAAAUGAUGACGCCGGCAGCUCUGGGGUUGCAUCACCAGCAGCAGAUUCAGAUGUCACUCCUAGCUCGUAUGGGCAUGGGGAUGGGUGUUGGUCUUGGCAUGGGAAUUGGAAUGGGGCCCACAUUUCUUCCCCCUCCUCAUCCCUUUGUGGUGCCUCCCAUGAUUCCAAACCACAAUCUGUCACAAGCAACAACAGAUACUGCAGCUGUUAGAAGUUCAGUUGCCUUCAACAAUCCAUAUUGCACUUUCCUAGGACAGCCUAUUAAUAUGGACCUCUACAACAAGAUGGCAGCAAUCUACCAGCAACAAGUCAAUCAUAGCUCACUACAAACAAGCAGCCCUUUUCCAUCAACACAUGUUCAAGGGGGAAAGGAACACCUUACAUGAUCAAUUGAAUGGAAGCAAUUAAUCUAAAACUGAAUUAUUUAUGUUGGCUCAUUGAUCCAAAAUGUAAAUAGCUGGGAUGAUUUUUGUAUGUUUAAGUGGUUAUUGUUGAGUUUAAUUUUCGAAUUAAGAUACUA